GAGGAAUUGGAUGAAUGUGGACCAUUAGUGAUAGUGUGCAGCGAGGGUAAUAAACGUCUACGUCUAGUUGUUUCUUCGGCAAAGGAGCAGAGUGAAAGGCAGGAUAUAAUACGACAUCAAUACACGAACCAUGAUAAAGUGAAGUUUGCAAGAUGAAGAGACUGUUAACAGUGGUCCUGCUGCUGCCCUGUGUGUUGGUAGUGGUCCUACCGCUGGUGGGCGUGGCAUUAGCAAAAAGGAGCACAGGUUCGGAAGACAGUCAGCAGGUGGUCGUCGCUACACAGGAAGGGAAGAUAUCGGGCUUUAGAGACUUGUCCACUAAAGGAAAUGCCUUUUACUCCUUCCACUCCAUUCCUUACGCUAAACCACCCGUCGGUAAUCUAAGACUGAAGGACCCAGUGGCUGCUGAAGGAUGGACGGGUGUGAGGAACGGGACUGUUGUACCUCCCAUUUGCUCCCAAAUCCCUUUUAUCGCUGUCACUAAAAGAGAACCAGUUUAUAAUGGAGAAGAGGACUGCCUCUACCUCAGCACCUUCAGCUCAAAGCCUGGUGAAGCUGAUGCCCAGCUGCCAGUGAUGGUCUUCAUCCAUGGUGGUGCCUUCAUGGCUGGGGAAGGCAAGAUGUACACACCACAUGUUCUCCUCAAUGAAGAUUUAGUCUUAGUUGUUAUCCAGUACCGACUUGGUGUUCUUGGUUUCUUAUCAACAGAGGAUUCAGUAAUCCCAGGAAAUUUUGGCCUGAAAGACCAAACAAUGGCUCUUCAUUGGGUGCAAAGAAAUAUCCAGAGCUUUGGUGGAGAUCCCAAACGAGUGACUUUGUUUGGAGAAAGUGCAGGAGGAGCCUCUGUACAUUUUCACAUAUUGUCGCCUCAUUCUGAGGGAUUGUUUGCGCGAGGUAUCAUGCAGUCUGGCACACUGCUUAGCCCCUGGGCAACAGGGGGAUAUUUUCGGGAGGUAGCGGAGUACACCGGAACACUCUUCAACUGCCCAUCACACCAGGGAGUACCUAGUGAUCAACAUAGCAGUUUUCUCCUCAAAUGUCUCCAAAGUAUUGAUGUUCAGAAUUUGACCCUUUCAUUAAUGGAUCAUAUUCAUUUCAACUUCAACCCCGUGCUGCUGGGCCCGCGGGUGGAUGGUGACUUCCUUCCCUCUGAGCCUGAAGUGCUCAUGAAAAAGGGAAAGCACAAGUUCACUGACGUCAUAUCAGGAGUUAACGCUGAUGAAGGAGGACUGUUUGCAUUCCCACUCUAUGCCUCUGAAGCACUGCAGUCAGACCUCUUGAGUGACUUCCCCAAGUUUGGUCCAGCAUCACUCGACAUCCUUCAAGACGAUACUGAUCAACCCGUAAAACUCGCCAACAAGAUCUUUACUUACUAUGCUGGAGGCGUUAAUAUCGACAUAGAAAAUGUUGACAACGUCUGUAAGAUGUUUGGUGAUCGUCACUUCAACAUGGCUCACGACAUGACUGCUCUCUCCUAUUCUAAAAAUGUAGAACCACAUAGCAAGACUUUCUUAUAUGAACUCAACCACAGAGGCCAGCGGUCAUUUGGAGACUUUUACAACACAAACGUUGGGCAGGAUUGGGUGAAUCAUGUAGAUGACCUGUUCUAUCUUUUCACUGGCGAAGAAACCAAUUGGAAACAUCUGGAGAGGGAAGAAGACCUGAGGCUAAGAGAUAUCAUGACUAAACUCUGGGCCAAUUUUGCAGCCACUGGGAACCCAACACCUGAUAACUCUCUAGGAUUCAUAUGGGAGCCUGCCAGUGCAGAUAACCUACGUCAUUUGUCUCUCACCCCUACACCCAUCAUGGAGGAUGACAAUAGGCAGGAGGUGCGUGCUUUUUGGGAGUCGCUGCCAACAAAGCAGAACUUGCUCCUUCACCCAGAAACAACUACUGCUCGAAGUGAUUUGUAAUCUUCAUAUAUAUGUUAGCGGGAGAGAGAAGUGGAGAAGACGGGAAUGCUGAGUUUAGCAUGUUAAAGGGGUGAGAUGCAGUUUCUUAGAACAAUUUUUUAGGGGGGUCGUAUGCAUGUUUUUCUCAGCA